UUUUGAGCCAAUUGGAGUCGAUUGAUAACAGCAAGAAUUUUGAGGUUAUUCUAUUGUGUUCAUGUCAAAAGCUGAAUUCAUCGAAACCUAAUUGCAAUAAUGACAUCUUGGAUCACUGUUACCCCCAGAUUAGAACAGGGUUUGAAAAUGCUCUCUCAAGUGGAAAAUGGGAAAUUACGUCCCCUGGUAAACAGAAUCUGUCAAAGUUUACACUCAGGAAUGACUGAGAGAGCAUUUAGUCAAGAUGAGGAAGAGAAACUUCUGAUUUCCUUGAAUGUCAAACGAGACGAAUUGGAUCUAGUUCUUGAUACUAUUACGCUGAUAUAUUCUCAAGCUGCAUUUGGUGUUGUCAAACCUGUGAUCAUGGAAUCUCUAAUGAAAGAAUCAUUCUCAGUGCCUGAGGACAAAGUCUCCAUAUUUGUGAACGCUUGGGUCACAUAUGCCAAGGGGAUCAUCGAUUCCUUGAAGCAGAAAUCAAUUUUUCCCAGUCAGGUCGAGGAUAUUAACUGGACAUUGAACAUUCCAGCAACGUCAUCUGAGAUUUCCCUAGAUGUGAAGCCUUCAAUUUACCUUCAAUUAGGCCUCACUGGAACUGAAUCGAAACGAUUGACUGUCGAAAUGGACAAGCCCCAUCUCACAGAGCUGUACAAUCACUUGGAAAAAAUUCAGAGUCAAUUAGACGCUUUGAAAUAAAGUAAAGGUAUUAUUCUAAAUUCCGAAAUUGUAAAUAUUCUUUAUAAUAAUAACAACAAAAAAAUAAUUUUUGUAUAAUAUGUA